AAAUUCCAAAAAGAGUUUUAAUUAGUAAAUUAAUUUCUAAGCCUUUCCUUUCAAUUUCCAAAAACCAAAAAUUGAACUCCACUCCGACAACACACACAAACGCCUCUCACAUUUCUGCUUAUUUCUAGGGUUCAUUUUUUCUUCUUUUAAUAACCUAAAUUUCAUUUCUCCAUCCCAAAAAUCCUUGGAUCAGGUCCGAGCUUGUGGUUGUUAGGCCUCUUUGAUCAACUAAGUUUCAUGUCUGAUCUCGACGUCCAAAUUCCCACUGCCUUUGAUCCCUUUGCCGAUGCAAAUGCUGAGGACUCAGGUGCUGGUGCAAAGGACUAUGUGCACAUUCGUGUUCAGCAACGGAACGGUAGGAAAAGCCUGACAACUGUCCAGGGGUUGAAGAAAGAAUUCAGCUACAACAAGAUACUCAAAGACCUCAAAAAGGAGUUCUGCUGCAAUGGCACCGUGGUCCAAGACCCUGAAUUAGGCCAGGUUAUUCAACUUCAAGGUGACCAGCGUAAGAACGUAUCUACCUUCCUUGUUCAGGCUGGCAUUGUGAAGAAGGAAAACAUCAAAAUCCAUGGUUUCUAAGUUGCACAUGCUUAAAGUUUUUGGCUAGGUUCACUCGCCUCCUAUUGAAGUAGGAAAUACUACCUGAUUUGGGAUAUAUACAUAUCCAUAGUUGUUACACCUUUAUGUUGAUUUAAUUACAACAUAUAUGCAUCUCGUAUUUCGUGUACUUUCCGGUUUGCCGGAAUCUGUAGUAUUGGUUGAUUAUGAACUCUACGGAAGUUUGUUGCUCUGUGAUUUAAAGUUAAAACAAGUAUAGUUUUAGUCA